UGACUUCAUACAAAUUUUUACGAAGCAGGGACUUGUCCGAACGAGUCGACAUAUUCUUAAAGUACGGUAUAAAACGAUCCGAAGGAGUGCAUUUUACGUACUCCUAACUAAAAACUAGUGUAGCAUUCAUAUUAUGAAUACAACAGCGACGUAUUCUUCAGAACCCUCAUGGAGUCGACGUUGUUCUACGGAGACUGUGUUCAGCAUCCAGGGCAAAGAAACUGAUUUUGUGCAAGACACCACUGAUUCAGAAUGGGCCAGCGACCACGGCGUGGAGUACGAACCGGUCUCCGAGUCCGACGAGCGACACACGCUGCUGAGCGGAUCCUCGGACCUUAGUGAUAACGAGAUAAUCAAAACGCAAGUGAUCGAGGUGUCAGUGGAGGACGACGGCGGUCUGUUGCUGGCGGACUCGGAGAUCAUGAGCAGCUCCAGCGACAGCGAGCUGGACUUCCACGACUACUGGCUGUGUGCACACUGCCACGCCACCAACAACAACCCGCUGUACAGAUACUGCGAGAGGUGCUUCAAGGUACGUAAAAACUUGUUCCCGCCGAGACCGAAACGUCGAAAAGGAAAGAAAUGCGAUAAACGUCCCGGCCAGGGGUCGCGACCCUUAUCACCAGACUCGGGGGUCGCCUCCACGCUGAGCCAAGAGCUCCAAUCCUCGCAGUUAACUAACACUGACACGUUAAAUAUCAAUAGCGACGACAGGGACAGGGUCAGGUCGGACUCGGAGCUGGAGCCCGAGGCCAAACGUAGGAGGGUCCAGGUCGAGCCGCUGGUGAAGGCGAUGAGCGAUCCGGCCGUGAUGCUGGACACGGCCGCGGCCGACGACGGUCGGACGUCGGAGCUGUGCAUCAUGUGCUGCUCGGAGCCCAAGUCCGGGGUGUUCGUGCACGGCCGGAUCGCUCACAUCUGCUGCUGUUAUAAGUGUGCCUUGAAGGUGUGGAGUACGGUCAAGCGGUGCCCCGUCUGUAACUGUAAAGUAAACAACGUCCUCAGGGCCGUGGUCAUGUGACCUCCCCCCCUCCCCCCAACAGCCACCGGCCGUCAUAUCGGUGGCGUCACCGUAUGUGCAAUUGUUAUGCUGUAUUAGAAUAUUUUUCACGUUAUAGUCACCGCGCCAUCGGAGCGUUAGUUUUUAAAUUCUCGACAAAAACACGACGUAAACGAAACGAUCCAUGAUGAAGAAAGAUCCGCUUAUGUAAUAUAUUGAUGACCGGGUUGUGUGGACGGAGCCUAUAUUAGGCGUGUCAGAGAGUUCGUUAUAAUGUUAGUGUAAAUAAUUUUGUAUAUAAGAUUUUUCCACCGAAAAGAGAGUAAUAUAUUUGUUGUUUAAGAUACGACACGUAGGUUAGGAUCAAGCGGAGUACGAGCGACGGGUGUGUUGCACCCGCUGUUGUUGUUGGACUGACUUUGCCGGGAAUUAUGUAGUUUGUAAGUGAGAAACAAGUAGUCCUGUACGAGCGUCCCCGUUACUCCCACCCCGAUAUAUAUUUUUCUUUACGUAACUAUCGUAGCAUUGUAAAGCGGGAACGGAUCUCGAUAUUUAAUGUGUCGGUGUAGGUCUCUCUGUAACAUUCGACUUCAUGUAAUUCAUAAAAUAUAACAAAAAAAAUAUAUACAAAUAAUAAAGAUGAUGAAAAGGAAAAUUAAAAUGAAACGGAAAAGAUAAAUAAAAAAUUUUCUUUCAGGGAA